UCAGUGUCAAUGUCAAAUUCAUAUGUCAAGUUGAGUAAUUGCAUUAUUGGUAAUUUUCUGAUUUGGUGACAUUUUUCUGCGAAAAGGGUGUAUGUUUUAUAUCGGCCAUCGGUAUUAUCGUAUUCUAUCAUUUAGACAAAAAAGUAUUAUUUGCUCUAGUAAGACGUCACUUGCGUUAUUCCGUUAUUAUUCAUUUACAAUGAGCGAUAAACUUGACGAAUACUUCGAGGUUGCGGUCUCAUUAGUUAAAACCUGUGGAAACCUUAUAAUAGAGCAUAUAAAUGGCUGCAAAGUUUUUGAAGUUAAGUCUUGUGACAUCGAUUUUGUGACGGAAAUAGACAAGAAGGUUGAAGAAACACUGAUUGGAGGCCUCUCUAAGAAUUUCCCAACUCACAAAUUUAUUGGAGAAGAAUCCGUAGCAAGUGGCGCUAAGUGCGAACUAACAGAUGACCCGACAUGGAUUAUAGACCCAGUUGACGGCACAAUGAAUUUUGUUCAUGGCUUUCCUCAUAGUUGUAUUUCUGUUGGCCUUACUAUUAACAAAGAGUCCGUUCUUGGAAUCAUCUAUAAUCCUAUCCUACAGCAAUUGUUUACAGCAAAGAAAGGUCAAGGGGCAUUCUUAAACGGCAGACAAAUCAGUGUGUCUCAGGUUAAAGAGCUCCAUAAUGCUUUAGUAACAUUUGAAGCAGGCACCAGCCGUGAUGAAGAGAAGAGUCAUGUAGUGUUUGAGAAUUUUAAAAGAAUCAUAAGCAAAGGUCAUGGUGUCAGAUCAUUGGGCUCUGCUGCAUUGAAUAUGGCAAUGGUAGCACAGGGAGGAGCAGAUGCUAAUUUUGAAUUUGGAAUCCAUGCAUGGGAUACUGCUGCUGGGGAUAUUCUUGUUAGAGAAGCUGGUGGAGUUGUUAUUGAUCCUGCUGGUGGACCCUUUGACAUACUGGCACGAAGAGUUCUCUGCGCAUCUACACCUGAACUGGCACAGGAGAUUGCAAAUACUAUAGCACAGUAUUAUCCUGAGAGGGAUUAAAACUUAGCUGAAUUUAUUUAAGUAUAUUUUUGUUUUGUGAAUGUCAAAUAUCAUUGCAUUAUAUAUUUUAGCAAAUUUUAUUUUUAUUGUGUAAUUAUUUAUUGUAAAAUGUGUUGAGUUAAUGUGCCAGUGGAAUAGUUAUAAAUUAUUGCCAUAGGUACAAAUGAAUCUGAAAACUUUUUAUAUUAAAAAUCUACAUUAUCACUGACAAUCUCUAAUAUUUUAAAGUGGCAAGAGUUAGUCUAUAAAAAAUAUGUACCUUAUAUUCAAAAUAAAUAGCAUGAAAUUUUAGUAAAAGUCCUUGUUUAAAAUUUAAAGAUAUUUAUUAUCAUCUGAAACAUUAUUACAGAAAACUAGUACAAAGUAUAAACAAUACUUAUAAUCAAUAUAUAUUGUAAAUACCUAUUGGGUUUUAAAAAUAAAUCUUGAUUUUUAUGUAAGUACUCAUAUUUAUUAUUUUAUUAUGUACUUAAAACUAUAAUUUUGACAGGAAAUGUGCAAUAUUUUAAUUUUCGGUGGUUUGUUUCAUUAUGAGGGAUAUAAUAUUAAUAUUGAUUAAAUCAUAAAUUAAUACAUAAUAAUAUGAUCCAACAUUUAUUAUAGUGAUAUUGUUAACUAAAUUUAAGCUUUUAGUAAAUACUUCUUAUGUAACCAUACAUAAAUAAAUUAUGUGUAAUUUAAAAUAUUAAAUUAAUUAUACUUAAAAAAACAGUCAUAAGUUAUGUCUAUCAAAAAUCAAGUCAUUAUGUCAGAAAAAUAAAACUUGUAAUUUGUCUUUACUAAUUAUUAUACUUAUUAAGUGUUAUUGUCUUUAACCCACUAAAAUGUAAUUUUGUGGAGAUUUGUUAUAAAUCAGUCACAUAUGUAAUUUGGUACAUUACUUUAACUAUGCAAAUUGUUGUGUCAGAGAUCAUUUAUGUUAUUAAAGAUUAUUUAAAUUAUGA